UGCGCGUUUGUGUGUGUGUGUGUGUGUGUGUGUGUGUGUGUGUGUGUGUGUGUGUGUGUGUGUCAGUGUCAGUCACAGCAGAAGGCGAUCAGCUGUCCCACAAUAGACCUGAUCCUGAUCCAGAACCACAACCCAGAGACAGACCGCUGCUGGAGACUGGAUCUGAUCCUUAGAACAGAAGGAACCGUUCUCUGCUCGCUGUAGAACAGAAGGAACCGUUCUCUGCUCGCUGUGGAACAGAAGGAACCGUUCUCUGCUCGCUGUAGAACAGAAGGAACCGUUCUCUGCUCGCUGUGGAACAGAAGGAACCGUUCUCUGCUCGCUGUGGAACAGAAGGAACCGUUCUCUGCUCGCUGUAGAACAGAAGGAACCGUUCUCUGCUCGCUGUGGAACAGAAGGAACCGUUCUCUGCUCGCUGUGGAACAGAAGGAACCGUUCUCUGCUCGCUGUGGAACAGAAGGAACCGUUCUCUGCUCGCUGUAGAACAGAAGGAACCGUUCUCUGCUCGCUGUGGAACAGAAGGAACCGUUCUCUGCUCGCUGUAGAACAGAAGGAACCGUUCUCUGCUCGCUGUGGAACAGAAGGAACCGUUCUCUGCUCGCUGUAGAACAGAAGGAACCGUUCUCUGCUCGCUGUAGAACAGAAGGAACCGUUCUCAGUCAUCAGUGACUGUGUGUUGCAGGAUGGACCUGUCCACCCGGGUGGCCGUGCUGCAGCACCUUGUCCUGAGCUGCGGUUCGAGCACCGUGGAGCAGAGUGUGCAGCAGCUGUGGAGUCUGCUGCUGCUCUGCCUGACCUGCCGGCUGGGCUGCACUCUGGACGUGGCGUCUCCCGUCAGGCACCUGCUGUCGGCGCUGACCGGGCUGUCGGGCCUCCUGCUGUUCUUCGAGCUGCAGGCCGUGUGGAUGCUGCUGCUGGCCGGGCUCUGCUACCUGGGGCUGCUGCUCGGGCCCCGCUCCGGCCGGGGCCUCCUGCUGUCCGCCGUCGUCCUGGUCUACCUGCUCACCGGGGAGCUGCGUCUGGUGGACGUGGUGUCCUGGCACCGGAUUCGAGGCUCUCAGAUGGUGCUGGCCAUGAAGGCCCUCUCCCUGGCCUUUGACCUGGACCGCGGCGCCGUCAGCAGCCUGCCGUCUGCAGCCCAGGUCCUUGGUUACCUGCUCUUCGUGGGAACCGCCGUCUUCGGCCCCUGGAUCAGCUUCUCCGCCUACAGAGACGCCGUGAGCGGCCCCCGCCUGACCGGGUCCUGGCUGUGGGCGGCGGCCCUCUGCCUGCUGAAGAGCCAGCUGUGUCUGCUGGUGUCCACCUGCGUCGCCCCGUACCUGUUCUCCGUGUUCGUGCCGGUCCAGGGAAGCCCGGCCACACAGAGGUGGCUGGACGCCUACGAGAACGCCGUGUCCUUCCACUUCAGCAACUACUUUGUGGGUCACCUGAGCGAAGCUACGAGCAUGCUGGCCGGAGCCGGGUUCAGCGAGGAGAAAGACCACGUCCGGUGGGACCUGCGAGUGGUGAGGCCUCUGAGUGUGGAAGCUCCUCGCUCCAUGGUGCUGGUGGUGACUUCCUGGAACGUCCCCAUGUCCCAGUGGCUGAAAGCCUAUGUCUUCAGAAACGCCAUGAGGCUGGGAACCUUCUCUGCCAUCCUGGUGACGUACACAGCCAGCGCCUUGCUGCACGGCCUGAGUUUCCAUCUGGGAGCCGUCCUUCUCUCUCUGGGAUUCAUCACGUAUGUGGAGCACGUUCUGAGGAAGAAGCUGGCUUCGGUCUUCAGCGCCUGUGUCCUGUCCCGGCCCUGCCCGGCCGCCUGCGGCCACCGGCACAAGACGGAGUUCUGGGUGCUGCUCCUGAACUUGGUUUUCAGCGUUGUGGCCAUCUUCCACCUCACGUACCUGGGUUCCAUGUUCGAUCCCGGACUGGAUGAGCACGAUGUGGAAGAGGGCUACUCAGCAGUCCACACGGUCCAGAGGUGGUCCGACCUGGGCUGGGCCGGGCACUGGCUGCUGCUGGUCUGCUGGCUCCUCUCCCUGCUCCUCUAGUGACAGUCUGGACCAGGUGUGAGGAGGGUCCGCGGGGUCCGCGGGGUCCGCGGGGGUCCGAGUGUCCCCCUGCUUGGAUCACCAUGUUUGGAAUGUGAAGAAGACCAGAAGACCAGACCAGAACCUGGACAUCCUCCAACAUGCUGAACAACAGGACUGCAAGAGAAGAACCAGAGCGGACCCCAACGGACCUGGAUGGACCUGAGCAGACCCGGCAGGCCCUGAAGAGACCUACACAGACCUGAGCAGACCCGGCAGGCCCUGAAGAGACCUACACAGACCUGAGCAGACCCAGCAGGCCCUGAAGAGACCUACACAGACCUGAGCAGACCCAGCAGGCCCUGAAGAGACCUACACAGACCUGAGCAGACCCAGCAGGCCCUGAAGAGACCUACACAGACCUGAGCAGACCCGGCAGGCCCUGAAGAGACCUACACAGACCUGAGCAGACCCAGCAGGCCCUGAAGAGACCUACACAGACCUGAGCAGACCCAGCAGGCCCUGAAGAGACCUACACAGACCUGAGCAGACCCA